GCUACCGGCGUGGUCCCCGGCGCUGCCUCCAGGCUCUUCGGUGGCCCAGGAGGUCCGGGUGAGGGCGUCCAGAUGCGCCCCCUAGUCGGCCUCCUCCUGGUCUUCGUUGGCUGCACCUUCGCCCUCUACUUGCUGUCGACGCGACUGCCCCGCGGGCGGACACCGGGCUCAGCCGAGGAGGCUGGGGACAGGUCACUGUGGUUCCCCUCAGAUGUGGCUGAGCUGCGGGAGCUCUCCGAGAUCCUUCGAGAAUACCGGAAGGAGCACCAGGCCUACGUGUUCCUGCUCUUCUGCAGUGCCUACCUCUACAAACAGAGCUUUGCCAUCCCUGGCUCCAGCUUCCUGAAUGUUUUAGCCGGCGCUUUGUUUGGGCCGUGGCUGGGGCUUCUGCUGUGCUGUGUGCUGGCCUCGGUGGGUGCCACAUGCUGCUACCUGCUCUCCAGUGUUUUUGGCAAACAGCUGGUGGUCUCCUACUUUCCUGACAAAGUGGCCCUGCUGCAGAGGAAGGUGGAGGAGAACCGAAACGGCUUGUUUUUCUUCUUACUCUUUUUGAGACUUUUCCCCAUGACGCCAAACUGGUUUUUGAACCUCUCGGCCCCAAUUCUGAACAUCCCCAUCCUGCAAUUCUUCUUCUCUGUUCUUAUCGGCUUGAUCCCGUAUAAUUUCAUCUGUGUGCAGACAGGCUCCAUCCUGUCAACCCUUACCUCUCUGGAUGCUCUUUUCUCCUGGACAACUGCCUUUAAGCUGUUGGCCAUUGCCCUGGUGGCCUUAGUUCCUGGAACCCUCAUUAAAAAGUUUAGUCAGAAAGACCUGCAUUUGAAUGACGCACGCAACGCUAAUCAUCUAAAUAGUAGAAAGGACACGUGACCUGGGUCCUUUGGUUGCUGUGUCCCUGGACUCCCUAGUUUGUUUGUGUAAUGGUUGUGGUCCUUUGAAGCCCCCCUCAUUGUUUUUAAAUUAUUGUCAAUAGCUGAUUGGGACACCGUUCGUCUGUGUGCACUCUCUUGCCACAAAGGACACCCUGCUCUAGGAGGUGAAUUAUAUCAGGUGCUCACACAAGCCCUGGUUUAGCAGGAUGCUUGCUCUGCAAAACGGAUGGCCUGCUAGCAAGUCCUGUUAUUUCAUUGAAUGACAAGGAAUUCAGGGUGGUCUGUUGUAUGUGCCUCUUGUCCAGCGCUGAGCCGCCUCAGGAGAGGAUGCUGGUGGCCCUUGUCCAGAGUGCCUCUUUUGUACAGUGAUAGGCCGUUGUGACAGGUGGUAUCCUUUGAAGUCCCCUGUGGACAUGCUUAGUUUAGAUAAUGACCUGUAAACCCACCUCACUGACACCACUCUUCAUCUUGUUAGUCUCCUGAGAAGUGUUUCUUCUGUACUUUUUUUCUGAUGACCUACCUCUGCCAUAAAUCAAGGGAAAGGAGCUGAUGACUGCAUAGAACGUCCAUGUACAGCUCAAAAGCACAGUGAUUUCUGUGAUGCUCUUUGUGUUCGGAUGCAGUGAUGUUACCACAUAAGUCAAAUCUCCUCUUGGCUGCAUGUCCUGACACUUAAGCUGGAUUGCUAACAGACUAUUACAUAUGAAUGGAGUAAACUCUACGUUAUGAAUAGUUCUGGAGAAGUUCUUACGCAUCUGGAUGGGCAGAGCCCUUGACUCACCUGAAUCAAAUGACCAUCAGUACAUUUUCUGGUCUGUCCUUUGUGGGAGUCCCUCCUCUGUCCUGCUGGGAGAAUGGAUUCAGUACACUUGAGCAUCAGCCCAUAUAUUCUCUGAAUUUUUUUGUUGUUGUUUGUAUGUUGUCAUUUGCUAAGGGUAACUGAGGGCUAAUUCUAUUUUAUCUUUUAAUUCAAAGGGGAAAACUUGGUUUUGGAUUACUUUGUUGUGUUGUAUUUUAAUUAUCUAUAGCUGUCAUUGCUUCCUCUAUGGCUGUCGUAUUGAACUGGCACAGACCUGGGUUAACACUUCCAAGGACAGAAGGACCCUGACACCUAAACUGAGCAGCUCUGGGAUCCUGUACUCAACAGGAGUAACUCAUCAUUUCUUUCCAGAACUGUUGCCCUUGGGCACCAUCUGCUGGUUUGACUGAUUUGACUUGGCCAAGAAUCUUGCCAGGGCUUUAAUGUGGACCAGUUGUUCUACAUGAAUUCUUGGGAAUAUUCCUGUUCAGUAGGAAGAAUGAAUUCCCAAGCAGUAUUUUUUGGACACAGUAUAAUCCAUAACACACAACAAGGACUUCAUUUUUAAGCAUGUGUUGCUUUAAAAAAAAAAAAAGCCUGAUAACAGGAGUGGGUGAGAGGAGGCGGCCAAUGGGAGUUGGAAAUCCGUGGCUCUUUGUCUUCUCAAGUAGGAGGAGGGAAGGGCAGAAACAAGGAAGGUUUCUACACUAUUGAUAGUGUGUGCCCGUUGCCCUUUAUUGGGAUCCUUGGAUUUGUGUCGCUCCCUCUUCCCCCAUGAUUUUGCAACAAUGUGCCUUAUCAGUUGUGAGUUUAUAGGCAAAGCAAUUUCCCAAAUAAAUGGAUAUAAAUGUUC